CUCCACAUUUUCAGUGAGUGAACGCUCGCCCGAGCUGUCGUUCUCGUCGUUCUUAAUCCCUUCUUGUAUUUACGUUCAAAUUGUAAACAACGCAGUGUUUCUCGCAAAGCUAGUACUUAAUCAAGUUUUAAUAUUUACUGGAGACAUGGACCAAAUCUGUCGGUUAUGCUUCAACGAUGGCCCCAAUUUGGGACCGAUUGGCAAUUGCACGGUGGAGGGAGUUAACCACGAUGGCCACGGAACGCCUCCCCCGGAUCUGGUCCAGCUGAUAUUCCGGUAUUUGGCGAUUCAGGUUAUUAAGAAUGAAACUCCCAGCAAAUCCUUAAUUUGCUGGACCUGUCGGAAGGCAAUCGAAGACUGGCACAGCUUUCACCAGGUUUGCCUUCGGAACGAUGCUAUCUAUCAGCAGCAACAACAGGAACAACAGCAGACUCAUAAGAUGGAGUUCGGCGAACAGGAUCUGCAGGAUGAAGAACCUACAAUCGCGAUAGACGUUACGCUGAAGGAGGAACAGAACGGCGACGACGACAACGAAGGUGACUUGGAGAGUUCUGCGGAUGAUGACGGCGAUCUGUCCUUUGAGCCGGUAGAAGUUUUGGGCGAGGAGAACGGUUCGGGCACGAGCAGCGAGGAAGAAAUCUCUCCGAACAGGAAGGUUCCUCUCAAGAAACGCGGCAGACCGAGAAAGGAGAUAUUCGACAAUGAAGACUACGAGGAGGACAGCGAGUCAGAUAAGAAACCGGGCCAGAGGAAGCGAGGUCGUCCGAAGGAGGAGAAGCGAACCAAACGGGUUGAGGUGUGCACAAUUUGUGGCAAGUUCAUAAAGAACCUCCCCGAGCACAUGAGGAUCCACAACAAUGAAAAAAGACAUCAGUGUCCGUACUGUCCGAAGGCAUUCGUGAGUGCUUCCAACUACAACUCCCAUGUUAACAUACACACACGGGCCAAAAUGUACAAGUGUGACAUGUGCGAAAAAGAGUACGUCAUGCUAAACAGUUUAAAACAGCACCAGAAGACGCACCUCAAGGAACGAAUCUAUCUUUGUCCGGUGUGCGGCAAGGCGUACUACCAGCCCACCGGGUUGGCCCGGCACAAGCGAACCCACUUUGAGGAGCCCAAAAUUAAGUGCUCCGAGUGCGACAAAAUGUUCUUGUCCAACGGUGACCUACGGAAACACUUUAGCAAACAUCUCAACGAGAAACCCUUCAAGUGUGAGGUUUGCAACCGCGGGUUUAGCCGGAAGGACAAUCUGCGGACGCACAUGAAAACGCACCGAGCGGGCGUUCAGGCGGUGAAGCAAAGCGAACAACCAACCGUUGUUGCGUCCGCUAUUGGUUCCAACGUGACAACGGUGGCAGUUGGUGUGGAGUGCCGAAUCUGCUGCUUGCGAGCCACCUUUGUGCCGCGUCGUACGGUGCUCGGUGCCCGGAACGUGUGGCUCACGGCGGGACAAUCUCGCGUCCUCGCGGCACCCUUGCUGCAGUUUGCUCCCGUGCGGGGUCAGCAGUCGUCGUCUUCGGCGGCUGGUUCCCGCCCGGACGAGGGCUUCCAGAUCUCGGACGAGAACAUCCAGAAGUACCUGGAGAACAUCCGGCUGGAGUAUUACUCGCUGAAGGUGCUGGAGCAGAUGAACAAGCAGGACAUUAAGCGGAUGGCGUUGCUUUCGCAUGUGGUGGAGAUGUACGAGCAGCGUCGGAUCAUCGUGGAUAACUUGAGCUCGCUGGCGGAGAUGGGCGCCGAGAAGGACGAGGACAUGCUGCAGCUGAUGAAGGAGGAGAAGGAGGCUUACACGAACAUUUUGCGCAAACUGGAUGGUGAAAUUAUGGACGGAAUUCUGUCGAUGGACGAGGAAGAAGAUUACAGUUCUUUGAUAUUGGAGGUGGCCGCCGGAGUUGGUGGCCAGGAGGCGAUGCUGUUUGCUCGUGAAGUGUUCGACAUGUACUGCGGCUUUGUUGAAUUCAAAGGCUGGGAGAUUGAAAUGCUUCAAACGGAGGACACCGAGUUGGGUGGAAUAAGACACGCUUCGAUGGUCAUCAACGGCAGGGACGCUUAUCGGUUCCUCAAGUUCGAGGCAGGAGUCCACCGUGUCCAGCGCAUUCCAAGCACGGAAAAGUCCGCCCGGAUACACACCAGUACGGCGACGGUUUCCGUGCUCCCACGGCCAGACGAGUUCCAGAUCGAGCUGAAGGAUAAAGAUCUUAAAAUCGAAACCAAGCGCGCCAGCGGAGCCGGAGGUCAGCACGUCAACACCACGGACAGUGCCGUCCGGAUCGUGCAUCUCCCAACGGGAAUGGCCGUAGAGUGCCAAACCGAGCGGUCCCAGGGUAAGAACAAGGAGAUCGCCAAGCAAAAGCUGCUGGCCAAGCUGACCCAGCAGGAGCUGGAGAGCAAGUUCAACGCCAAACAGUCGCUGAAAAAGUCCCAGGUGGGCUCGAGUACGCGAAACGAGAAAAUCCGUACUUACAACUACCCCCAGGAUCGCAUCACGGACCACCGGCUCGAGGGAGGCACCACGCACAACCUGAAGGUGUUCAUGGAGGGUGGACCGCCGCUCGGCGACAUGGUCGAGAAGCUGCGCAAAGACCACCGAAAGAAGCAACUUAAAGAAAUUAUCGAUAGUACAUUAGAGGCCAAUCCCCCAAUCCCCAGCCUGACCCAGCUGUGUCACGUGGUCCCGAACCGCCUGAUCGAUAAUCUUCUGAACCUCCCGACAACCUUGCAGUGCCGUUUCCAGCACAUUUGGCAAAUGGUCCAAGUGAAAACGCUGAGACAUCUCCAUGAAAGCAAUCUUCCCGCUCUCAAUCCGUGCCAGCUCGAUGCCGGUGGCGAACUCGUCCAGCAACGUCUUCAUGUCCUGAAUAGUUUGCCCAUCUGUGACACCGUCAUGAUGGCAUCCUCCUCGGAAGUCAUGAUCUUCUCGAACACUUCCUCCUUGUCGCGCAUUUCCUUCUCCAUUUGGGUCGAUGACAAUCGCAGUGCCGUCAACACCCGUCGUAUGGAAAAUAUUCUGCUGAAGGAAGCAAUAAUCAUGGCCAACAGCAACAACAUGUGUCGCCUGUGCUUAUCGGCCAACGGAAUAACGGAGCCACUUUGCUAUGAUCAGUUUCUGUUGCAGAAAAUCUACGAGUGUACUACGUUGCAGAUCACGCCCCUCAACGGCAUCCCCUCGUCCCUCUGCACAAUCUGCAAGGCCCGCCUCGACGAGUUCUACCAGUUCCGGUGGCAGUGCAUCAAAAACGACGAAAUCAUCCGCCGCAUCGCGGACAACUUCCAACAACAAAAGCCUCCGCCGCAACCACCGAGCAGCAACGAUCCAGCUCCGAGCGAUGAUCCUACAACGACGACUCCCGUGGCCGUUGUCACGGACCACCAGGUGGUCACCAACCCGAAACAGGAGAUCGUUGAGCCUACCGCGGCUCCGCCGCCACAAGUGAUCCAUCCAAACGGGGAGUUGCAGAUAACGGCGGUUGACGGUGGUGGGUACAACCCACAGGAGGGGCGAAGGUCGGACGAGCGGGACUCGGUGUACCAACCGGGCUAUGGCGUUGAUCAUCACCACCAUCACGCUCAGUACGGCAUGGGACAUACGGUGGGCGGUGGGGGAGGAGAUUUUGGGCCGGAGGUAAAGUAUCAUCACGGAACGCCGCACGGUCACUCGUACGAGUUUGCGGAUUUUCGGCGCAAACGUGGCCGACCGCCCAAGCAGAAAUACGACCAAUAUCCUCACCAUCCCCAUCCUAUCGUGAAGUACGGCGAGAGUUCUACUGACAGCAAGGAGGACGGAUCCGGGUCGAGUUCGACGGCGACCGGGGGUUUGCUGGAGGAACCGGAGACGAUGCUGAGUUAUGGGGAGGGAAGUUCGCGGGUUGGUGGCGAAUAUCAGCAGCCGUACGGUGCGUGGCCACCACCACCCAAGAUCAAGCUGGAGCACUUGGAGCAACAGCAGCAGCCGGGACCAUACGAGAGUCAGAUGUCUCCGGUUCCCCCCGAAGGGCGACAUCCGUUGACGAGUACCACCCAGACUCUCCUCACGCCGGAGGGUUUCGUCAAGCGCAGCCGAGGUCGGCCACCCCGGGAAGGAGGCUGCCCAAACCAGGACCGCACCGAGUACCGCUUCCAGUGUCAGUUCUGCGAGGCCCGCUUCAAGGCGGCCAUAAACCUUAAACUCCACACCAACACCCACACCGGCGAACGGCCCUACAAGUGCCAGCUGUGCGAGAAAUCCUUUGCCCACCCGAGCAACCUCAGCGUCCACACCAAGCUGCACACCCAGGAACGGGUCAAGCGCGAAGGGCAAGGCGCGACCCCGUCGGAAAAGAAGUUCCAGUGUCCGUACUGUCACACCCUGUUCGCACUGGCCUUUCAGCUUAAGAUUCACAUCAACACCCACACCGGCCAGAAGCCGUACGUCUGCAAAAACUGCGGCAAAGGCUUCGCCCAGCCGAGCAACCUGCACGUGCACGUCAAGAAGCACUGCCACAAGCGGAUCGAAUCGGCACCGGUUCCGCUGCAACACCACCCUGAGCAGCAGCACUAUCAACCGAUGCAGCAUCACCAGCAUGUCGUCCCCAUGCCACCCCAGCAGGCGAAUAGUCCCGAGGGAGGACAGCAAGAGUUGGCGCCGCCACCACCGUCUGCGAUACCUCAGCAGCAGCAGCAGCAGCUUCAUUCACCACCGGCACCGGAAACGGCACAGACGUCGCAUGCGAUCGGAGGAAUGCCACCGGUCAUGAUGGCUUAGAAGGUGGAAAGCAAAAAAAAAAUCAAAUUAUGAGAAAAUAAUCAAAAAUUAACGUUUAGGUAAACUUAUCCAAUGAGUUGCAGUUAAUGGUUUAAGUCCUGUGAGGAACAUUUAUUAGUCUAUACGUUUAGAAGGUACUAACUUACGCUAGUAAGAAUAACUCUAGUUUUUGCUUUAGAUAAAGAAUGUCUUUUAUUCUACGUACUAUUUUUACUCGCAGCUAACAAAGCAAAGUACUCGUAUAUGGAACUAUAUUUAUAUUUGUAACAUUUGUUGAGCAAUAAACGAUUAACAUAAUUCUAU